CGUCGAAAGAACCCUCUGUGGCAGCAAUCGAGAUCCCCAAGAGUCUUUUUCUCAUGGUGUAUACUGCUUUAAAAUCUCAUCCAAUUGGGACCAACAGGCCUGAACUCGCUGGAAAAGCCAUUGCCAACGACCAACCUCCUAAUACUUUCUUUCAAGGUCAUAGUCCACCCUUCCCGACCUGUACAUGGUGGGUCGGCUACGCUGCAGGAGAAGGCGAUGCUAUUUGUGCAGGUCCUUUCCCAUACGAGACUUGCUUGGUGCCACAUGGAAUUAAAUACGGCAUAUCCACUACUCGCCAGUUCGACGGCACAUCGAUCAAGCAAUUGACCCAGAGUGAUUGGUGUGCUAGUUUUAUAGAGCAUUCUAAGAAAUCGCGCGACCAUAAGGCCAUCUGCUGGGAUACACAAUCCGUGGCCCUCCAAUACUUCACUGGGUUGAAGACAUUGACGAGCUAUCUGGUGCCGGGCUCGCCAUAUCUUACCUUCGUUUAUGACAAUGCGACCCCCGUAUUCAUCUCCGAACAAGGUCCAAUCGUCUCCUUCAAUGACAAACCACCAGCCAAAGGUGGGAUCACGGCCAAGUUGUCUCGUAUCACUCGUCCUCACCAUACAACCUCAGAAGGCACCCUCGGAACGAAGUUCAAAGUAACAACGCGCAUCGGCACCUAUAUCAUAUACUCAUUAUCCGGUCCCAUGUCUCUUUCGGCAUCCCAGGACAAGGUUGUGGCUUCAUCUCCGUUCACCGGUGUCAUUCGCAUGGUCAAGCUCAGUGAUCCGGCGCACGAACGCAUCCUAAACGACUAUGCCGGUACAUAUCCCAAAUCCGUCGACACAGGUUUUUUAUAUUCGUCGACGGAUUCCACCGCCAUCCUUCGUUUCACUUGGUCGGUAGUGGGGAAUCCAGCCGAACUGUUGAUGAUGACUUGGCCACAUCACCGAAUGAAGAUGCAAACUCCGACGUUCCCUCCGGUCCAUGCACUCAGUUAUCUCACGACGAAGGGAUACAUGUAUCCCGCUCUUGGCAACGUCUGGGAUCUCAAUUACGACCUACCUAAUAUUUCUUGGAACGCUCCACGUCUGCCAGAUGAGUCAUGCAUUCCUGCCAUUAUUCAAGGAUUGGAGUACGAGAUAGGUCAGCUAGAGGCUGCGAACGCGCCUGUACCGGGAGACUUUUACUUUUGGGGAGGAGCAAUCGCCGCGAAGGCGCGACUCGCGUUGAUUGCAGAGCAUGUGGGCCGCCAUGAUCUCAUACCCUAUGUGGUCGAAUAUCUCAAGGCGAGUUACAAGCACUGGUUCGACAGUUCUUCGCCUAUCCAAGCUGCAUACGAGACAGCUUGGGGAGGCAUUAUUAACAAGAGUGGGUAUAACAACUUCUGGGUGGAUUUUGGUAACGGAUAUUACAACGACCACCAUUUCCACUAUGGAUACCUCUUCGAAGGCGCUGCGACGAUCGCUAGGUACGAUUCACAAUGGAUGUCGGAAUACAAGUCGCACAUCGACUGGUUUCUUCGAGACGUCGUCAAUCCCAGCAUCUCUGAAGACCCGUACUUUACAUUCACACGACAUUUGGACAUUUUUGCGGGCCACUCUUGGGCAUCUGGCAUAGGAAACGGAGCAGGUUCGCGUGACCAGGAGUCCAUCGGCGAAGCCGUGAAUGGUUACUACGGCGCUAUGCUCUGGGCGGAGAUCACUGGGCACAAAGACAUCGUCGAGUAUUGUCGACUCCUCAUCGCAAUGGAACAACAUGCGGCGAAGGUGUACUGGCACCUCUACCCGGAGAGCGAUGGAGAAGCCCGUGAUCAACCGUAUCCUGAGCCGGAAGUUAGGAGUCUCGUCACUAUUGGUAAUGUACAGGACUGGCAAGCUGGAGCGUGGUUGUUCUGGGGAGACCAGAAAGUUCAAAUCGCCGCCAUACAGAUCCUUCCGGUCAUCCCCGUGAAUGAGUACAUGUACGACCCCGCGUGGGCACGCAACGUCCUCGCCUAUACGUCCGGAGAGCUUCACGACCCAGCCAUCAGUGACGACUGGAAAUCCCUCAUAUACUGCGCCUACUCCCAAUACAAUCCUCACAAAGCCGCCGAACUCUCCUCCCUCCUCAUGGCUUGGGGAACCGGCAACACGUACACUAACCAACUCUAUUUCAUCUCCACUCGGCCCAAUCCUUCCCGCAGACCCAUAUUCUACUCCGCUGGCGCAAACCCUACCGGGAAUUUCAUGGUCCAAUCAUGUACCACGGGCCGAUACGUGACUUCGUCACCCAGUGCUUCCGAUCUUAUUGUGUCGGUGGAGACACAAGAAGAGGCGGAGGUGUUCGAGUUUGCGUUUGCUCCCAACUCGGGGACAAUGAAGGGUCUAUCGAGUGGGAUGUUCGUGACGGCCGAUCAAUCAGGUUCGGCAACGCUCGCUGCGAGUCGAGGGGUGGCGCUGGCUUGGGAGAUGUUCAUGAUCCGUCCCAAAGAAGGGAAAAGAGAUGAGUAUUGGAUGAAAGCAGGGUCGAAUAGGAAGUUUAUCACGGUUGGCGCAGAUGGACGGCUGGUCAACAACGCAGAUUCAGCUGCAUCCAGCGCUUCCUUCCGAUUUAUUCAUCCACCUUCUUCAUGGAGUCCCCCAAAGCCGCGGCACGACUAUGCGACACAAUCUGCUGGGAUUAGCGAGGAGGAGAGGCUUUCAGCUUUGACGAAGUCGAAUCCUGAAGGCAGGUUUGUUAUUCAGGAGGCUUCCACGGACCGAUAUAUCGUCCCCACCGCCGAGCACAAUCUCCAAGCAUUGUCGACCUCGCAAGCCGAUGCCGAAGUCUACGUUUUCAAUGCAGGCACUAUAACCGCUUCUUCCACCAGAUUGCUGGUCACCGCCGAUAUAUCUGGUUCUGUCCCUCUCUCGGCUUCUCGGUCCACGGCGCUGGCCUGGGAAAUGUUUAUCGUCAGCCCCAAGGACGGUGGCGAUGGGCUAUUCACAAUUCGGGCAGGAUCAAACGGCAAGCAUGUUUCUAUGCGGCCGGAUGGUUCUCUGGUCAACGAUGCCAUGACGGAAGCUGGGGCAACCGUAUUUCGCUUGCUGACACCCCAUCCUGCACUCCUGGCUCGUAAUCCCGAGGGGCGAUUCAUCCUGCAAGCUACAGGAACAUCAUGGUUCAUUGCAUGCUCCCCAUCUUCCCCGACUCUCACCGCAUCCGCCUCUUCUAACUCGGACGCCGCCGUCUUCGAACUCAGUAAUGACCAGGAUCCGACGUCUGAAGGUUCCACAGUGGCACAAGGCGGGACUCUCAAGCUUUUAGCCACACAGCAGUACGUCACCGCGGAUAUUUCAGGGUCAUCUCCCCUAGCAGCCGCUCGUCACGCUGCUCUGGCUUGGGAAUAUUUCACGAUACGGAGGAAGGUCGAGGAACAAGGUGGGGAGGUAGUUCCAGUGGGACAGUCGGUAUAUACAAUCAGGGCAAGGUCCAAUGGCAGAUACGUGAGGGUGGCACAGGAUGGCAGUUUAGUUAACGAUGGAAAGACGGCGGUAGACGCUGAAGGGUUUCGACUUCAUCAGUUUGCAGAGUGAUAUGUUGACAGUUUUACUCUGAAGCUACUUGGAAGUAAUGUAUCCUUGAAUUGGAUGUGACUACGAUUCGACUAGAAUAUUCUUGGGCCGAUAUAUGUUGUAGGCG